GAGUCAAAAGGACCAGGAUUGGCAUUGUGUUCUUGGCGCCCAUUUUGACAAAAAAACAAGGACUGUGGUUCAAUUUCUCUCUCUCAAAGCAAAAUGAGUGCUCCCAUGGACACGGAGCAAAACCCCACAACCACAAUCGACCAAAACGCCGUCGCUUCCCAACACUCACAACCCGCCGUCGCUUCUCAACACUCACCACUUCCUUCUUUCAUGUUUUCCGAGGACAAAGUUCUCGUCCCUGUUGAGGUAUGCUUAAAACCUUCCAGCACAGCUCCAAUCGACCAUGUCCGUUCAGCCGUUGAGGGGAUGCUUGAAAAGAGGAGUUUGAGCUAUAGUGGAGGACCCAUUCCCGUUCCCACGGAUGAACCGUUUCUUACAGAUAACGUGCAAAGAAUUUGUGUUUGUGAUACAGAUGAAGGGAUGCACGAUGAUAAUGUUCUUUUGUUCUGGCAAGUCAAACCAGUUGUACACGUCUUUCAGCUUAGCGAGGAAGGACCGUGCGAGGAUGUAAGCUCUGAUGGCCAGUCUUCUAGCUUCAAUGAGUGGAUGCUUCCUGCAAAAGAAUUUGAUGGCAUGUGGGAAAGCUUAAUAUAUGAAUCUGGCCUAAAGCAACGAUUGUUACGUUAUGCAGCAAGUGCUUUGCUCUUUACUAAAAAGGGUGUUGACCCAUUUCUAGUUUCAUGGAACCGCAUAGUUCUUUUACAUGGACCCCCAGGAACUGGAAAGACGUCUUUAUGCAAAGCAUUAGCUCAGAAACUAUCAAUUCGAUUCAAUUUAAGAUACCCACAUUGCCAGCUUAUUGAAGUGAAUGCACAUUCUUUGUUCAGUAAAUGGUUCUCCGAAAGUGGCAAGCUGGUAGCAAAACUUUUUCAAAAGAUUCAAGAAAUGGUGGAGGAAGAAGGCAAUCUAGUAUUUGUUUUGAUUGAUGAAGUUGAAAGCCUAGCUGCUGCAAGAAAAGCUGCCUUAUCUGGUUCUGAACCUUCGGAUUCUAUUCGGGUUGUCAAUGCUUUGCUAACUCAGCUGGACAAGUUAAAAUCAGCUCCAAAUGUGAUAAUUCUAACCACAUCCAACAUAACUGCUGCCAUCGAUAUUGCUUUUGUUGAUCGAGCUGAUAUCAAAGCAUAUGUUGGUCCCCCAACUCUUCAAGCUCGGUAUGAAAUAUUAAGGUCUUGCGUGCAGGAACUGAUCCGUUCAGGGAUAUUAGCUAGUUUUCAGGAUUGUAAGAAUGUCAUGCUUCCAAAUUAUGCUAACGCAAAGGAGAGGUUGAGCGCACCAGAUUUUCAUGAGCCUGAUGCAUCCAUUCAACUGUGCAAGCAACUACUUGAAACUGCAGAGGCAUGUGAGGGAAUGAGUGGAAGGUCUUUGAGAAAGCUUCCAUUUCUGGCACAUGCUGCACUUGCAAAUCCUUUUGAUUGCAACCCUAUUAAGUUCUUGUGUAAAAUGGUAGAAACAGCAAAGCGGGAGCGUUCUGAGCUUCCCGACUAAAUUAACUCGAGUUUUCAAUUAAAAAUGCUAAUCAGUAGUGUAACGUUUACAUCUGUUAGUGCGAUAAAUGUUGGUGCAGCAAUGAUGGAUAUUUAUUAUGUCACAGUUAACAUUGCGAUGAACACUUAACAGGACCUACAUACUUAUAUGAGAUGCACCUUUCUGA